AUGACUAGUGGUGCCCCAGCCCGUGGUACAGAGCUGAACCAGAUUCUGUUCCAGAAUUCAGCUGUAGGCCUUAGGUAUCUCUUUCUGAACCUGAGACACCAGCAGUUUCUGAUUCGCCUGGCCUAUUUAAAGACCUUUAGCCAGACCGGUCAGGUCCGUGAGGCCAUUAGAGCUCUGCCAGAGACAGUAUCCUGGCUUCUACUGAUCUAUCUAAUGUAUAUUAAGCCUUUUCUGGAAUUCUUGAUUAUUCAGCUGAACCACAGCCUUUCCAGAAAGCUAGAGAUUUCAGUCAGGCCUAUUGAUUCCUGGACACUAUCAACCACCAUGAAAACCCUAAUGGUUACAAAGCUGGGUCAGCCGCUCGGGGUGAGUACCUGGCGGCACCUGGCCCAGGCUAUCAUUCGCCAUAGGAUGCAGGAGCAGGUGCCCGAGAAAGGCCCCAGGAAUGACCGGGAUAAUGAGGGCCUCGGAGCCCAGCAGAUGUAUCAUUCCAGAAGAACCGGCCAGCAGAUCUAUAGCUGCCAGCAGGUACAGUUUGGCCAGGUCAGGCCGGAUCACCAGGAGGCCCUGAUCCAGUUCAGCCAGUACUGGCAUGCCUAUUUAGGAUCCCUGCCCCUGGCCGAGCCGGUGAUUCAAUUCUACUGGCCCCGGGCCAUGGCCGCACAGGCCCCGAGGCACCAUGUGACCCUAGUCACCUUACCCCAGGCAAUCCUUAACCGGCUCCUGAAGGAAUUCAUGCAGGAUGAGCAGGCCACGUUCCGCAGCCCGGCCCAGGCCAGGGCCCUGCAUGCUCUACUGACCAAGGUGCCCUACCUGAUCCUGAUCCUACUGACCGCGGGGGGGAAGACUACCCUAUUUCUAUUAGGAGCCAGCCUGACUAUAAGCCAGACCACAAUCCUAGUGGCACCUCUGGUGGCCCUGAAGAUGGACCUCUACUGUAAAGCCCAGGCCCUAGGGCUCUCAGUCCGGAUCUAUGAGGAUAGCUAUGAUCAGGGAUCUCUCCUGAGGAUCCUGCUGGUUUUAAUAGAGUCCCUGGCCAUGCCGCGGUUCUAUAGCUAUACCAGGACCCUAGCAGCCCAGGUCCUACCGUCAGGUGAUGUAUCGGGUCAAGCAGGUCAUGCAGUUGCCAGUCCCCAUAGUCUUCAGCUCAGCCACCCUACCGAAGCAUCUUGA